CAGCCUCGCAGCUCCGGCUGCAGGCUAGAUCCUCGCACGGCUUAAGGAGCCUCCGGCUUCGCUGUCCGCCGCCCCGGAGGACGAAGCCCUGCUCUUCGGACCCUCGCGGCCGGCGACAGAUCCGGAGAGCGCCCGCCUCGCUGCCGCCCGCGCCGUGUGGCCUGCGGUGGGGGCCCCGCGCCCCGAGAGCCGGCGGGAGGAUGUGCGUCCCCGCGGGCCGGCCCGCCUGAGCCAUGCGCCCCCACGGCGGCGGCGCGCCGGCCGGCAUGGAGCCCCGCGCGGCCGCGCUCUGACUCGCUGUGCGCCCCGCGGCCGGCGGGCGGCGGGCGGCGGCGGCGGCGGCCCGAAGCCGAAGAGCGGCGCCACGGGACGGGAGCGAGCGGGCGCGGGCGCCGCGCAGAUGGCCGGGGCAAGCAAGGUCUGAGGCUGGGUUCCCUGAAACGUGACCAUGUGGAUCCAACAGCUUUUAGGACUCAGCUCCAUGUCCAUCCGCUGGCCCGGCCGCUCUCUCGGAAGCCAUGCCUGGAUACUGAUAGCCAUGCUGCAGCUUGCGGUCGACUUCCCAUCCUGCGACUCACUAGGCCCCGGGCCUGAGUUCCGGCUCCUGUCCCGCCCACAGAGGCCCCAGCGGCUGUGGAGUCUGCGAAGUGGACCCCCAACAAGGCUACCAACACCGGCCUGGAGUCCCCGUGCUGCCCGGGCCGAACGUGCCCACGGGCCCAUACAGAUGCAGACUCCCCGUGCUCGGAGGGCCCACAGGCCCAGGGACCAGGUAGCCACCCUCGGACCCAGAGGGGGACUCACCAAGCCCCCAGCUGCCACCAGAUCGAGCCCUUCCCUCACCUCUGCGACAGCCUCGUCCUCCAUGGUGACUGCUGGGGCUGCAGAGAACCAGAGCCUCCUCAGACGGGGUAGGAGGCACACACACGAUGCAGAGUUCAACGAUUUCGACUUCCGUGGUGGCAGGCCCACGACAGAGACAGAAUUCAUAGCCUGGGGGCCUACAGGGGAUGAGGACACCCUGGAGUCCAACACCUUCCCUGGUGGUUUUGGCCCCACCACGGUCUCCAUCUUGCAGACACGGAAGACAACUGUGGCCACCACCACCACCACAGCCAGCACGGCCACCGCCAUGACACUGCAGACUAAGGGGGUCACCGAGUCCCUGGAUCCCUGGAAAAGGACCCCUGCUGGGGUUAGCACAACGGAGCCUUCCACUAGUCCCAACAACAAUGGGAAAGACAUCCAGCCCCCCAGGAUCUUGGGGGAGACCUCAGGUCUGGCCGUGCAUCAGAUUAUCACCAUCACUGUCUCCCUCAUCAUGGUCAUCGCCGCUCUCAUCACAACUCUUGUCUUAAAAAAUUGCUGUGCUCCAAGUGGGCACACUCGGAGGAACAGCCACCAGAGGAAGAUGAAUCAGCAGGAGGAGAGCUGCCAGAACUUGACGGACUUCACCCCGGCCCGGGUGCCCAGCAGUGUGGACAUCUUCACCGCCUAUAACGAGACACUGCAGUGUUCCCACGAGUGUGUCAGGGCCUCCGUGCCCGUGUACGCCGAUGAGACGCUGCACUCAACCGGGGAGUACAAGUCCACGUUCAACGGAAACCGAACCUCCUCUGCGGAUAGGCAUCUUAUCCCAGUGGCCUUUGUGUCUGAGAAAUGGUUUGAAAUCUCCUGCUGACUGGCCGAAGGCUUUUUACCUCCUGGGGGCGGGGCAGACGCCAUGUGUCUGUUUCAUGGAUUCCGUUGGUGAACUUGUACAAACAAAACAACAAAACAAAAGAAUUAUAAAACCUAAACCUAAACUAUCUAAGGGGAGGGUCCCGCACCCGCUGCUUCUGUUCGCCUGCGGGAACUCAGCAGAGCAGGACACCCAAGGCCAAAUCUAUUUUUGUAAAAUUGCUCGUGCCUAGGGGCGCUCCCUUCUCCCAGAGUUUUCUCCGGAGAGCAGAAAGAAGACAUGUAAGAAGCGGACAGAAACAGCAGAGAAAGCCAUGCAGAAGGACAGGAGACAGCUCCCGACGCCUGGGACUCGCACCACGAUUCUGAACCUGUGCCAAUAAUACCACUAUGUGCCAUGUAAUGACCCGGAAGCUCGGCAGAAGCCGAGCCCAGCGAACCACGCGGAGAGAUCUUAACAGAGGAUAGGGGUGGGGGAUCACUUCCGGUAGAGUCACUAUUUCUGGUUAAUAUACAUAUAUAAAUAUAUAAAUACCAACACACAGACACACACACUUUUUUUGUACUGUAGCAAUUUUUGAAGAUCUUCAAUGUUCCUUUUUAAAAAGAAAAAAAAAAGAAUUGUGUUCUAGUCACAAAACUUGAUUUAUUUAACAUGCUUAGUAUGAACAGAAUAAACUUGUGUUUUGUACUUUGGCAACUCACAUCACACGCAGCACACACAUGCACACGCAUCUGCACAUACAAACAUACAAGCAUUUAUAUGCAUAUAUUGGAGAAACUGUUCCGCAGGUGACCUGGUAUGUCAUCGUCUGUCAUCCAGGGAGACAGCCUCAACCCAGAGGACAAGUCCUUACAUGACAACUUCCAUCCGUCAGACACUUGCUGAAUGGUACUCAUGUGUGGCUUAUCACUCGGGCCAGAAUUAAGAAUGCUGUGGUUUCCUCUCUAUGUAUUCACACACACGGUCAGUGCUGCAUUUCUUCACUUAACUGUCCGAGGAUGCUAACAGCCACAUGCGUUUAAGUAGCCGACCGUCAACGAGUGAGCCUGAGAACCAGGUCGGGAGGGUGGCAGAUUCUCGAACAUUUGUGUCACACAAGCAUAGACUGAACUAAAGAAAUUUUACAGUUCCAUAAUUAAAGGAAUAUAUCCGUA